AUGUGCAACUGCAUACCUUUCCACGAUGUUGAGUUACACCCUGAAACACUUGAGCUAGAAGCAUCUCGGUUAAUAUGUGCAGUUAUACCCGAAUGGUCAACAAAAAAACUUAAAUAUGAAAAGUUAACCGAGGGUCUAUCGAAUUUUCUUCUUGCCAUGUUUCCUAACGGCGACGAUGAAAAUCAAAGUAUAAUUGUAAAACUCUAUGGUCUCAAUUCAGAUCUGUUGAUCGAUCGUGAGCAAGAAAUUCGUACAAUGGCUGAAUUAUACAAACACAAGUUUUCUGAUCAACAGAUUCUUUUAAAAUUUCGUAACGGUUACUUCUAUACCUAUUUGCCAGGAAAACAGAUGGAUCCAAAAUCGGUUCGAAAUGAACAUUUGUCAUCAAUAAUCGUUCAGAAACUCGCCGAAUUUCAUUCAUUAACACCAAAAUUCGAAUUUAAACCGAGUAAACAACAAUUUACGGAAAAAUUGCGGCAUUAUUUAAACAUAUUGAGUGGUAAAAAUCCACAAGUGAGUCAACGCGAACCAGCAUCUUCGGUCGGUGUACUCUCAACCGUUAAACAGUAUUUAGGUAUUUCAGAACGUUUAACAUUGGAUAAAACGGAGGAUUUAAUCAAUUAUAAACUGUCAGAUUUAGAGCGAGAUAUCGAAGCAAUGGAGGUCAUUUUUGAAGAAAAAUGGACACUUCAAGUGAUCUAUUCUCAUAUGGAUACGCAAUCAAGAAAUUUCUUAUACGAUAAACAUACAGAUCAAAUAGGAAUGAUCGAUUUUGAACAUUGUAUGUUCAAUUACUGGCUGUUCGAUCUGUCAAAUUAUUUUCUUGAAUUUGCUGGCCUUUCGGCAUCCCCCGAUUUUUCAUUAUAUCCAGAUAGAAAGUUUCAAAAACAAGUUUUAACCGUCUAUUUAAAACAUGCAGAAUUUUUUCAACAUACUUCACUAGUAAAAGAUCGUCUAAAUCCAACAGAUGACGAAUUAGAACAUUUAUGUGAUUUAUCUGAUCAAUUAACUGUUCCAGCGCAUUUAUAUUGGUCUUUGUGGGCUUUAUUACAAGCUCUAUUAAAUCCAGCAGCGACAGACAAUUUUAAUUAUGUAUCCUAUGGACAAAAACGUUUUCAACAAUAUGUAAAAGAUCGACAAAAGUUUUUUAAUACAUGA